AUGUCAAAGAACCCUGUAUUAAACACCUAUAACUUUGUUAGUAGUUGGAAUCGAAAACGACCAUUGGACAGUAGUCAAUACAAAUUGAUCAUACGGCAACAACCAAAGCAAGCACGCUUAUGUAGUAAUAAAGAGAGAGACAGAAGACCAGUUGACCCUCCGCCCAUUAUUCAAUUGAAAAUCGACGGAUAUAGUGAGGAAGCUCAGAAUUUCCUCCAGAGUCCAUAUUAUUUCAUGUGUGCUAAUCUCGUGCACCCGUCACAGGAGAAUAGUGAACAGUAUAAUAUGUCCCCGCGAGUGUUGACAGGCACCGUGGUUUCAUCUCUACAUAAAUUAAAAGAUAUCGACAAUCAGGAUGGGGGCUUCUUUGUGUUUGGUGAUAUAUCAGUGCGCAUAGAAGGUCGAUUUCGCCUACGAUUCAGUCUUUUUGAAAUCAUAGGCGAUGAAGUUGUUCAUAUUUUGUCCAUCCUUUCCGAUAUAUUCAAUGUAUAUUCUCCAAAGACUUUUCCUGGAAUGUCGGAAUCAACCUUCUUAUCCAGAUCAUUCUCGGACCAAGGAGUAAAAAUAAGGAUAAGAAAAGAGCAUCGAAUACAAAUGAAACGACCUACUCGGCUGACAGAAUCAGGCGAAGAUCAAGACCUGUUAGAAGAAGAAAACGCAAAAAAGAAAAGACGGCCGACGUUCCCUUCAGUUGAAGUAGCUGGUGGAGUAUAUCAUGACCAAGCCAUGUCGUCACCAACAACUUUGAAACACAUACAAAUGAAGCCUCCAAUUGAUUAUUCACAUCAACAACGAACACAAGACGGCAGUGCUAUGAGACCCUAUCAGGCUCGACAUAUAUCCGACUAUCCAUCCGCAUACAGUAGCUACGAUGAACACAGUUAUACUUCUGUUCGAGAUGAUACCAAGAUACCGUCCUUGGUUGAACCCCCGACAUCGUUCUCUCACGACUCGGAUUCACCCUACACCCCUGUUUACGCAGGCGAACUCCACAGUGAACCGCAGCCGUACAGUAAUAGUAUCUACUCGCCCAUGUCGUCUCCAAGACAACCUCGAUCGGCUAGCUUUCCAACACCAACACGAUCUGUCGAUGCAUCUAAUCCAUACGUUAACAUACGUCGACAUCCUCUAGCGUCUGCAUCUCUUGAUGUUCCGCGAACAAAUUCUCAAUAUUCAAUCCCAUCUCGAUCGACAACAGCAAUGACAACAGCAUCAUCGACAUCAUCGAUAGCGCACUAUGGUCGAGCUGACUCUUUAUCUUCCAACUCUUCAUUAUCUUCCACAUCGACACCUUUUUAUCCGCAUUCAUCCCACACAAAUUAUUCAAUGUCACCUAAAUCACGUCCUAUUCCAAUCCACAUGUCCCGCCGCUCGUCUACAACCAACGGACUUCUAACCCCACCUCAUUAUCAUCCUAUAGCUCCCCAUCCUAUUCCUUCACAUGAUAAUCAUAACAAAAAUAACACAAGCGGCGGUGCGGACAAUAUAGCAACACCUAGUUAUACGACUCAAUUUACUGAUAGCCCGCGAAUUUUAUUCCCAUUACCGAUGAAGAGGAGUUUAUCUAAUGAUCCUACAUAUACGUCUUCCGAUAGCCAUCCACAUCACCAUUAUCCGCCACAUCACAAUACAGAACAUCAACCACUUUCUUUACAUCAACAUCACAAUGAUCGCCGUAGUCUUACACAUCAUGGUCAGACUUCAGGACAAUUACCUCCACAUGACAGUGGAAUUGCAUCGGGUGGUGAAGACCCGGGUAGAAAUUGGAAUAGAUAUUAG